UCCAUAUAAGUAAAAUGGGAGAUGCAGGAUUCAAAUGUCCUGAUCCAGCUUUAUAAGGCCCAUUUCACAGAAGCCCAAAGAUGAAGAAAUCGCAGGAAGGCUCCAGAGAAACGAAAAAGGCGAAUAUUUCCCCCGAGUGUAUAUUACAAAACACCAAUUCAGUUCACUUCAACGCUGAGAUUGGAGAACAAAGAAAAAAAAAACGUAGAAGGAAGGUUAAGACUUAAGCGAGGUUAUAGCAAUGUUCUUUUUCUUCGUGGGAGGGUUGCAGCAAGAGAUACGGCAAGUGCUGAAAUCCGGUGUGGGCAAGUGCACGUUCUGCGCCAACAACCGCGUGGAUCUCGUCAACUACGACAAGGUUCUCAAGCUCUUCUUCGUUCCCGUCUGGCGGUGGCCGGCGAAGGAUCCUCUCUUGUAUUGCGGCGGUUGUAAGAACUUCUUCCCGUACAAUUACUCCCUGCCUCCCGGCGGCGACGGCGAAUCGGCAUCGCCUACGGCGGUCACCGACGCCUUGCGCUGCCGCUUCUGCGACCGCUCCGUGGAGGCUGACUUCCGAUUCUGCCCCUUCUGCGGCUCCGAACUGUGAAGAGAAAUGUGUGGAGAGGUUUUGGGAAAGUUUAAAGAGCGAAAAAAUGAAAGUGAGGGUUCGUUAAUUGUUAAUUGUUACUAUAUUUUGUUAUGUACGAUACUGCGAUCGUUUUUUUAAUUUUUCUUGUUGUAAUUGGAAAGUAAUUUCGGAACUUCUACAAUGCAAUAUGCCUUUGUUGCGUGGGAAUUUUGUGUCA